AUGGCCGGCGAAACCAAGUUCGAAGGCUGGUGCGGCCUUGACGAAGACUCGGUCAAUGGCAACAUGAAAUGGCAGACGUAUGCAGCCAAAACGUGGGAGGAGACUGAUGUCGACAUUGAAAUCAGUCACUGUGGUGUCUGCGGUUCCGAUCUUCACACCCUGCGUUCAGGCUGGGGCGAAACACCGUACCCUGCCGUUGUGGGACACGAGAUUGUCGGCAAAGCCAUCCGUGUUGGUAAGAAUGCCAAAACUGCCGCUGGCAAGCCCAUCAAAGAGGGCGACCGGAUUGGCGUGGGAGCGCAAUGCAAAUCUUGCCUCAAGCCGGAUUGUGAGCAAUGCUCCGAGGGCAUUGAGAAUCAUUGUACAAACGACUUUGUGCAGACUUAUGGUGCCAAGUAUCAGAAUGGUGACACGGCUCAGGGAGGUUACGCCAAGUACUGGAGAGGCAAUUCACACUUUGUCUUCCAUAUUCCCGACGCUAUCCCCAGUGAGAUGGCUGCGCCGAUGCUGUGCGGUGGUGUUACGACGUACAGUCCUCUGAAGCAGAACGGUUGUGGACCUGGGAAGAAAGUUGGAGUCAUUGGUAUUGGUGGUCUCGGCCACUUCGGUCUCCUCUGGGCCAAAGCCCUCGGCGCAGACAAAGUCGUCGCCAUCUCCCGCACACGCUCCAAAGAAUCCGACGCCCGCAAACUCGGCGCCGACGACUUCAUCGCCACGAGCGAAGACGGUUGGGAGCAAAAACACUCCAACUCCCUCGACCUCAUCAUCAGUUCCGUCUCCUCACCCAAAAUGCCUUUGGAAGGUUAUCUCUCUUUACUCGCCUUCCAAGGACGAUAUAUUCAACUCGGAAUGCCGGAAAAUCCUUUGCCGAAUUUUAGUGCGGCUGCGUUGGUCAUGAAGCGGGCUACUAUGGGUGGAAGUUUGAUUGGCGCACCACAUGAAAUUGAGGACAUGUUGGAGCUUGCUGCUGAGAAGAAGGUUCAGGCGUGGAUUAAUUUGAGACCUAUGAAGGAGGCGAAUCAGGCGAUUGUGGAUUUUGAGGCUGGGAAGCCGAGGUAUAGGAUUUGUUUGGUUAAUUAG